CCCAGGGCAAACAUGUCUGACUACCAGAUCAGGCUUUACAAGGACUCGGACUAUGAGAGGGUCCGAGAGAUCUUUGCUAAUGGCAUGAAAGAACAUUCCACCAAAGCUUUCCAUAUUUCGCUCCGUCUCCCACGUAUCUGGAUCUUUUUGCUACUGAUGUUCCUUCUUCUCUUCUGUAUCACUGGGUCAUUCCUGAUGUCCGUUCUAGCUGUGAUCAUUAACAUAGGGCUCUUAUUUUGCCUCCAUAAGCUCAUCUACACGACCUAUGCCAGCUACUGUCUAAAAGACGACAUGUUGGAUAUACAAAAAUAUUAUCUCCAGCGAGACGGUUACUGCUUCUGGGUAGUAGAGUCAUCAGGAGAGAUAGCAGGGAUGGUAGCUGCUACCCCCUCACCAAAUCCUGGAGGAGAAAGACAAGUGGAACUCAAGAGGUUGUCAGUUCCUAGAAAACACCGCGGCAAGGGAAUUGCUAAGGUCUUGUGCAGGACAGUUAUUGACUAUGCCCGGAAGAGAGGCUGUGAGGCGGUGGUCUUGGAGACCUCAUAUCCUCAAGUAGAUGCCUGGAAGAUGUAUGAGAAGAUGGGUUUCAAGAGAACGAGAAGCUUCCUUACCCCAGCACUUUUAGGAAGACUCCUCUGCUUCACGAUCCUGCUCUACCGGUACGACCUGCCUGUUCCCAGUUGAAUUUUUUUAUUUUUUUAAGAAGUCUCAAAUUCAACGAGGCUCCGAUAUCACUAAUCCUAUUCACCCAGCAUUAAAAUAAAUCUGAA